CCGUGUCCUCCUCCUCCUCAGCCUGGGCACCCUCACAGUUCACCCCCACCCCAGGACUCUCCGCAGAGCCCCAACCCCGGCCCGGAGCCCUCUGUCCCACCCUAAGGCUCCCUCACCCUUUCUGAGCCUUCAGGAGUUUGGAGUGUGAGCCUGGACCCCCUUUCCCUCCCGGAGCUACAGCGCUUCCCUUGCCUCUGGUCGGCCUGGGGCUGUGGCCCCCAUCAAGCCCCUUCACAAGCAGGCCAGAGGCCUUUCCUGGUUUAGAGGCCCCCUUUUUUCCCCUGUAUCUGUCCCUGCCCUACAAGAACCAGGUUUCCCUAAUAAAUUCUUUCCCUUCCGUAGCCAGCACUCAGCCAGCAGCAACUGGGGAGUGGGUAGAUACAUAGAGACCCUUGGGAUGGAGCCCUGGGGGGUGCGGUGAGCCUGGCCUGGGAGUGCCUUGGUGAUAGAGCCCCGGCCCAGCUGUGCUCACGGUGGUGCCCGGCCCGUGCCGUCCUGUGGCCAGUGAGUGUUUGGAGGGGGCUGUGCUGUGGUAUCUAAGAGGAACCCGGUAGAUGGGGUUCCAGUCUCAGCCCCUUUUCAGCUUUGAGAUUCAGACAACCUGCAUAGCCUCACAUAGAAGCAUCCUCGGUGGGUGGUACCUGCCUUUAGGAUGUUGGCAGGGGUCCUGGCUGGCUCCCGGAGAUGCUCAAUAAACACAACCUGCUCUCCCCCACAGACUGUGAGCAACUAGUUAGGGUGGUGGAGGAGGCUCAGUCAUGGGCUUGAGAUCCCUGGGCAGCCACUCCAGGACUGUCGGCUCUCUCAGGUGCUUUGGGUGGUUUUUUGGGUUAAGCAGGCUUGUCCUGGGUCCCUGUUGACCAGGUUCUGGACAGGGUUCUACGCUGGGGCCUAAAAGGGGGCUGUCUCCCACUCAUUCAUCCAGCAAGCAGCAGCCCCCUACACACACACACACACACACACACACACACACACACACUGUUCACACACACACACACACACACACUGAGUUCAUACCCUCGGGGGACCGUGGGCAGCACAGAGCAAGGGUGUGGGAACAACCUAGAGCUGUUUCCAGAGAUGACCAGAGAAAGAAGCUGCUUCCUCUCCUGAAGGAGACAACACCACCCAGGAGGGAGCCAUGGACCUGCUGCGGGAGCUGAAGGCCAUGCCUGUCACGCUGCACCUGCUGCAGUCUACACGGGUCGGCAUGUCUGUCAACGCCCUGCGGAAGCAGAGCUCGGAUGAGGAGGUCAUCGCGCUGGCCAAGUCUCUCAUCAAGUCCUGGAAGAAGCUCCUGGAUGCUUCAGAUGCCAAAGCCAGGGAGCAAAGGAGGGGCGGGCCUCUGCCCACGUCGUCCUCGAAGGAGGCCCCCGAGGCCAAGGAUCCCAGCCGCAAGAGGCCAGAGCUGCCCAGGAUGCCAUCGGCCCCAAGGAUCACCACGUUUCCCCCGGUGCCGGUCACCUGCGAUGCUGUGCGUAGCAAGUGCCGCGAGAUGCUGACCGCCGCCCUGCAGACAGACCAUGAUCACAUGGCCGUCGGUGCGGACUGCGAGGGCCUGUCAGCCCAGAUUGAGGAAUGCAUCUUCCGGGACGUGGGGAACACGGACAUGAAGUACAAAAACCGUGUGAGGAGCCGCAUCUCCAACCUCAAGGACGCUAAGAACCCCGACCUGCGACGGAACGUACUGUGUGGCGCCAUAACACCCCAGCAGAUCGCUGUGAUGACAUCGGAGGAGAUGGCCAGUGAUGAGCUGAAGGAGAUCCGGAAGGCAAUGACCAAGGAGGCCAUCCGAGAGCACCAGAUGGCCCGCACGGGGGGCACACAGACGGACCUGUUCACCUGCGGGAAAUGCAGGAGGAAGAACUGCACCUACACGCAGGUGCAGACCCGCAGCUCUGAUGAGCCCAUGACCACCUUUGUUGUCUGCAAUGAGUGUGGAAAUCGCUGGAAGUUCUGCUGAGCCCUCCUUGAGACGCGUGUGAAGCCUUGGGCUGCAGCCAGCACAUUGCCACAGCCUUCCCUGCGUCCUGUCGACAGACAGACACUGCUUCUUGAGACCUACCCUGUGCCCCCCUGAACUCCCCAGGGGGCUGUGCAUCCUGCUCCCCCAUCAUGCCUGCAGUACACCUUUCUUCCUUUCUCCCCAAAUUAUUAAAUGUUUCUUUUUGCCAU